AUGAAGUUGUGGCCUUUCAAAGUCAUUUCAGGCCGUAGCGAUCGACCAAUGAUCGUGGUGAAGUACAGGGGCGAGGAGAAGCAGUUCGCUGCUGAAGAAAUAUCCUCCAUGGUGCUUGUCAAGAUGAGGGAGACAGCGGAGACCUACCUUGGCACCACGGUGAAGGAUGCUGUCAUCACCGUGCCAGUCUACUUCAACGACUCGCAGCGCCAGUCCACCCUCGAUGCUGGUGCCAUUGCUGGCCUCAACGUCACGCGCAUUAUCAACGAGCCCUCCGCCGCAGCCAUCGCCUACGGUCUCGACGAUACUUCUGCUAAUGGUGAAGCUAACACGGUGCUCAUAUUUGAUUAUGGUGGUGGCACCUUGGAUAUCUCUGUCAUCAAAAUUGACAAUGGUACCUUUAAUGUCAAGGCCACGUCUGGUGACACCCACCUUGGAGGGGAGGAUCUCAACAACCGGAUGGUGGAGCAUUUCGUGCAGGAUUUCUUGAAGAAACACAAGAGUGACCUCAGAAGCAACCCGAAGGCGCUGAUGCGGCUCAGGACUGCUUGCGAGAGGGCCAAGAGAAUGUUGUCUUCCACGGCAGAGGCUAAGAUCGAGAUCGACUCCCUCCACGACGGCAUUGACUUCUACGCGACCAUCACCCGCGCCCGGUUCGAGGAACUCAACUUGGACCUCUUCAGCAAGUGCAUUAUGCAUGUGGCGAAGUGCCUUGGCGACGCCGAGAUGGACAAGUCACAGGUCCAUGACGUUGUGCUUGUGGGUGGCUCCACCAAGAUCCCCAAGGUGCAGCAGCUGCUGCAGGAUUUUUUUCACGGGAAGAAGCUCUGCAAGAGCAUCAACCCCGACGAGGCCGUCGCCUACGGCGCUGCUGUCCAAGCCGCCAUCCAUAACGGCCAGUACAACCAGAAGGUGAACGACUUGGUCCUUCUCGAUGUCACGCCGCUGUCGCUCGGGAUAGAGUUGGUAGGUGGUGUCAUGAGCGUGGUGAUACCCAGGAACACUACCAUCCCGGCCAAGAAGGAGAGGGGUUAUACAACCGACGUUGACUACCAGACCGCCGUGCCCUUCUCGGUGUACGAGGGGGAAGCAGGGUUGGUCAAGGAUAACAAUCUGCUCGGCAUGUUCAAUCUCACUGGCGUCCCUCCAGCGCCGAGGCUCGUGCCAAAGCUCAAUGUGACGUUCGAAAUCAAUGCAAAUGGCAUCCUGGAAGUAACGGCGGAGGAAAGGCCGACCGGAAACAAGAACAGCAUCACCAUCACCAACGACAAGGGCGGGCUGAGCAAGCAAGAGAUUGAUAGGAUGGUUCGUGAUGCCAACAAGUACUAG